CUCCUCCUACAGCAUUACUAUUCACUGGCCUGACUCACUCUAGCUUUCCCCCUUUACACAACGAGCACUUGUUCAGCACGUUAUACUACAGUGUAUUCCAAGCAGAAGAGCAACAGCAAGUCCGACGUGCAAGAGGGAGCUGCAGGCACGGUCUCGCGUCUUGGCUCGCUGCCUCUUCCAGCCAUUCAUUGUAGGAUUAGCAAGUCAGCUUCAUUCACCAGCUGUGCGUUUUUAUUUGGCUUCCCUGGACUACGAUCAGAGCUAUUUGGCAUUAAGGAAGAGACAUACACAGGAACUCAAAAUGUUGAUCAUCCAGAUUUCUGUUGUCUGCAAUUAAGUAGCAAAAUACUUUCUGUGUUGUACCUGUGUGUGAAAAGGUGAACACGUGAGCAGAAGCGUCAAAGUCUUGGACAUGGAGGGCCACACUGGACAAUCACAGAAGAACAUUUAACAUCGCUGACAUCCCCUUUCCAUUUUCUGGACAUUUCCAACAAUAUCUAAGGAUUGAAAAUGAUUAAUUGACAAGACCGGAAUAAAGUAAAGUUCUGCUCAUCAACCAACAUCAAUAGUCAAUGACUUAGCAGUAUUCUUAAAAACAACAAUGAAGGGAUUAUCGAGCAGCCGCAGCCAUCAUCAUGGGGUUGUAUGUGAUUCAGUAUGUGAAACUCUGCCUCAUCACACAGAUAGAAAGCCAUAUUUGCUGAAUCCCGUGGAUCCUCACCCUGCAGAUCACCCAUACUAUGCUCAAAGGAACUCCUAUCCAGUAGAUCAUAUGAUAUCCUAUGGGGACCAGAUUGCCAGCAGUACAUUUCCCAGAAGACAUUAUAGUUCCCACCAUGACAUUAAAGAUGAUUGUGCUCUAGUUCCCCAUGGAUCAGUUGGAAAAGGCAACCGCCUUCCUUCAUCUCUCUUGGAUCAGUUUGAAAGACAAAUUCCCAUUAAUCGUGAUGGGUAUCAUACGUUGCAAUACAAAAGAAGUGCAGUUGAACACCGCAGUGAUAGUCCUGGGAGGAUCCGCCAUUUAGUCCAUUCAGUUCAAAGACUCUUCACUAAAUCCCAUUCCCUUGAGGGUCCAAUGAAAGGAAAUGCCAAUGGAAACAAAGCUAAUUCAGAUGAAAUGCAGACUGUGAGAUAUGGAAAACGUAGUAAGAGCAAAGAAAGGAGAGCAGAAGUAAAACCUAGGGCUAAUAUACAAGGAUGGUGGGGGUCACAGGAUAACUUAGACAAUGAUGUUUGCAUCUACCACGGUCCAUCUACUGUCAUGACUAUGGGGAGAUGCCCUGAUCGUUCCACUUCCCAGUAUUUUAUGGAAGCAUACAAUACAAUUAACGAUCAUGCAUUAAAGUCAUCACGAAGCAAUAAUGAUGUGAAAUGCAACACUUGUACGAAUCUACCUGUGAGUUUGGAUAGUCAGAUGUUAAAGAAAAGUUCUUGGGCAUCUUCACUAACAGUAAGCAGGGCACGGGAGGUCUAUCAGAAACCUGCUAUAAAUAUGGACCAAGCUCUAGUUAAAUCUGAAUCAAUGACUCAACCACAAGAGCGACCAUGUCAGUACCUGCAGGUGCCUCAAGAUGAAUGGAGUGGAUACUCCCCUAAAAGCAAAGAUGACGAGAUUCCAUGCAGGCGGAUGCGCAGUGGCAGCUACAUUAAAGCCAUGGGAGAUGACGACAGUGGAGACUCUGACACUAACAGCCCUAAACCAUCUCCAAAGAUUGCAGCCCGAAGGGAGAGUUACCUUAAGGCUACUCAGCCUUCACUCACAGAACUCACUACGCUCAAAAUUUCAAAUGAACAUUCCCCAAAGCUUCAGAUUCGGAGCCACAGUUACUUAAGGGCUGUUAGUGAAGUGUCAAUCAACAGAAGCAUGGAUAGCUUAGAUCCAGCAGCACUUCUUACAUCUCCCAAAUUCCGUUCAAGGAAUGAGAGCUACAUGAGAGCCAUGAGCACAAUAAGCCAGGUUAGUGAAAUGGAAGUGAAUGGUCAGUUUGAAUCUGUCUGUGAGUCUGUAUUUAGUGAGCUUGAGUCUCAGGCAGUGGAGGCCCUGGAUCUUCCAAUGCCCGGAUGUUUUCGAAUGAGGAGCCACAGCUAUGUUCGAGCAAUCGAGAAAGGUUGUUCUCAAGAUGAUGACAGUUUGUUGCUUAGGCCAUCAUCACCCCCACGCACAGCUACUACAGUAAGGACUAUUCAGAGCAGCACAGUAUCAUCAUGCAUUACUACAUACAAAAAGACCCCUCCACCAGUUCCUCCAAGAACAACCACCAAACCAUUCAUCUCUAUCACAGCUCAGAGUAGCACAGAAUCGGCCCAGGAUGCCUACAUGGAUGGACAUGGCCAAAGAGGGGAUAUGAUUAGCCAUUCAGGACUGAGUAACUCCACUGAGAGUCUGGACAGUAUGAAAGCCCUUACUGCUGCCAUAGAAGCUGCCAAUGCUCAGAUCCAUGGCCCUGCAAGUCAGCACAUGGACAACACAACAACGGUAAACUCCACUGCCACCACCACUGCAAUCAUUAAUGAGGAUGACAGGAGAAAGAAUCAUUUCCGGAAGAACCUCUCUAUUGGAAUACAGGUUGAUGGACCUGAGGAAGCUGCUAGGGCAGAAGAGAGACAAGCAGCCUUUCGUUAUCAAUCUGUAGGAAUUCAAGUUGAAGAAGAAAGAGCGUUGCGCAGACUGACCCGGUCUAACAGUGUUACUGCUGCCGUGCAAGCAGAUCUGGAUCUCAGGGAGCAUUUUGAAUGCCCAGUGGAACUGGCUGACCAGGAAUUCCAGUUCAGUAGGCCACUGGCAAAGCAGUAUUCCCGAGAUGCUUGUACCUCUACAGUAAGCAUCCAGGGCUCAGGCAACCAUUACCAUGCUUGUGCAGUAGAGGAGGACUUUGAUGCUGAUUUUGAUCCUUCCAUAUUACCACCUCCUGACCCAUGGAUUGACUCCAUUACAGAAGACCCAAUGGAAGCUGUGCACAGAUCAGUUUGCCACAGAGAUGGACAUUGGUUUUUAAAGCUUCUUCAGGCAGAAAAAGACCGAAUGGAGGGCUGGUGCCAGCAAAUGAAGAGAGAGGAACAUGAAAAUGAUCUACCUGAUCCCAUUUUAGACAAGAUUCGCAGUGCUGUUGGCUGUGCCCAGCUUUUGAUGUCCCAGAAGUUCUAUCAGUUCCGUGAGCUUUGCGAAGAGAACCUGAAUCCUAAUGCACACCCUAGGCCUACCUCUCAGGAUUUAGCUGGGUUCUGGGACAUGCUUCAGCUGUCAAUAGAAAACAUUAGUAUGAAAUUUGAUGAACUCCAUCAGCUAAAGGCCAAUAACUGGAAAAAGAUGGACUCUCUUGAUAAAAAGGAGGUGCUACCAAGAAAAUUAAGGAAGCACAGAAAACACCACUGAACCUGGUAAUCACCUCAAAAAACAGGAGCAAAAACUGCAAAGGAACCUCUGCCAUCCUUGAAACAAAAUAUAUACACAAUAAUUUAUGUGGAAUUAUUUACAUAUUUUUUAUAUAUAUAUUUUUGGUGGGAGUUGGUAAUUGUUCUCAGGUAAUAUAUUCAACGGUUGUACCAUUUGCCCUAAUAGAGGAGCUGGCAACCUUCUGCCUCCCUGUGCUUAUUAUUAUACAUAAAAAAUGAAAGUUCAGCAAUAGACAGAUUCUAUCCACCGAUUCCCUCCAAUGAUAUAUGGUACCUCUUCAUCUUUAGCCUUCCUAAUGUUCAGUUUCCUCCUGCUUAAAGUCUAAUUUUGCUGUUUUUUUCUAUGCCAGCUUUUAAACCAUGUUUAUCACCAAAUGACCUAUGCCUGGCAACUGUGUUCUUAGAAUUAAUUUAUUUCUUGGCGCCUCAGUUUAACAUGCUGAGAUGAAGAACACAAACCCUGUAUUCUAUUUAGAAGAAACACAAAAUGCUUCUAAUUGUCAAAAGUUGGCCAUACAAGUCAAGAUCCCCUCAUUUGGUGAUGUGAGAUGUGCAAUAUCGGGCUGAUUCAAUUGUUUGGCCAUUGAGCCAACAAUGGUUUCAUAAUUGCUGCUAUCCAGGCAGUUGGAUCAAGGACUGUAUCAAUGUGCAGAUGUGCUCCUUGAUCCAGCUGAAAAAUUAAACCUGCCCAAUUUUCAGCAAGAUAUCUGCGGGUAGGCCCGACUGAGAGACCCAUACAGACUGAUAAGCUGACGAAUCAGUCUGAAGGGGUCGAAUCAGCAGCUUAAAUCUGGACACCUUGAAAAGAAAUCUACUAUACACAGCUUCUGUCUACAUUACUGAAUAAUAUUUAGAGCUUUCUCAUGGGUAAUUCUGCUAUUUAAUUUACAACUGCUCUAUAUUAAGCACAAUCAAUUAUAAUCAUAAUAUAUAAGAUAAAUAAUGCACUAAAUUCAGAGCUACAGUCACUACUGUCUUUUCUGUUGCCAUUUUUAAUAGUUAUCACAAAAAGCCAAUAGAAACGCCUGCAAGUAUUUCAGUUAAUGCAUGGAUGUGUGCCUUUCCCUAAGGGGACAAGUUUUCACAUUUAGUUUUAUUUUGCAAAUGAUUUAAUCCCUGCAGAAUGGUAUCAUGUUUAACACUACAUUUAGAAUAACAUAUGUUACACUUCAAAGACUUUAUCAGGUAAAAGGGAGAAAAUAAGCUUUCUACACCAACUAUGUGAAAAUAAGAUCAGCACAUUCAUGAAGUAAUAAUAGUUUCUAGAAAUACUGUAUGCGUUUUUUUUUAGAAAGGUUACAAUAAUGAAUUACAAUCCAAACACAGCUAAUGGUUCAUCCAUCCCCAAUCCUUGUAAUUACAUAUUUUUGGGUAUCUGUUUUGGGCCAUAAAAGCCUGUCUGGAAUACACAGGUAUUUCUACAAACAGCUAACCAGUGAACCCAUGAAAUCAUUAACUGGAGGAAGAGUAAAGCAUAAUAAUGCAUUCUUUUAUUUGAAACCAUUAUCUUCUUUAAACUCACACACAUUUCAUAGCACUCCUGCAAAGGCUUAUUUUAUUCAUAUUAGUGCUAUAUAUUCUACCUGCCAUGCUGUCCAGACUCACUUUUCACUGUCACUAUGUGACAUUAGCAGCAAGGUGAGCAGCUAUGGGGGAACUAUUUUUUAAAAUGAAUAAAGAAAAUAAUUAUACAACAUAUGGAUAUUAGGAUGUCACCAACCAGUGGCAUGACUAGAGGAGAAGCAGACCCAUGUACUGAUGGAGGGCCUGGUGGGUGAGUGUAUCCAGGUAGUAGGCCUAUAAACAAUAUUUGCCUGGGGGCCCCUGUAGUUACACUACUGUCACCAAGAUGUUUUAUGACAACAUAAAGGCAAAAGGCCACAGGCCAGGUGCUUUUAAAUACUCUCCAAUAUUACUUCUAAUAUCCUCA